UCUCUCGCGCUCGCGCACGAAGGACGCUCCUGCGAGGAUGCUCGUGCAGCGGCUUGCGCUCGCGCAUGCAGCCCGGUGAUAAACGAGCGCGCUUUUUUUUUUUGCGGCACCGCCGCCGAGGGGACAUGGACACGCAACAAGGUCGCGAGCGCGCUUGAAUCGCGUGCCCUCGACCUCCAGGAUUUCAAGACGGGAGGCACAAUGAGCGAGCAGGUGUCGGUCACCCCGAAUUGGCUGAACCCUGACCCCAGCUGGGUCAGCAGUGGUGGCGGGAGCAGUGAGAACCUGACGGCUGGAACGCCUCCUCCGGCCGCUGUUUUACGCCCGGAGUCUUCUGCUGAGCUGCUGGUGAACCCGUGGGAUAUUGUCCUGUGCACGUCGGGAACCCUGAUAGCUUGCGAGAACGCCCUGGUGGUCCUAGUGAUCUGGCAGAACCCGGCUCUGCGUGCUCCCAUGUUCCUGCUGAUCGGUAGCCUAGCGCUGGCUGACCUGCUAGCCGGCGUGGGACUGGUGCUCCACUUCACCUUUGCCUAUCUGCUGCACUCGGACUCGGCCCAGCUGCUCACGAUCGGCCUGGUGGUGGCCUCGUUCUCUGCCUCUGUCUUCAGUUUGCUGGCCAUCACCAUCGAUCGCUACCUUUCGCUGUAUUACGCACUCACGUACAACUCGGAGCGCACGGCUGCCUUCACUUACACCAUGCUGGUGCUGCUGUGGGGCGCGUCCCUGUGCCUUGGUCUGCUACCCGUCACGGGGGUAAACUGCCUGAGUCAGGAGGACGCCUGCAGCGUGGUGCGGCCGCUCACAAAAAACAAUGUUGCUGUCCUGUCGGUGUCCUUCCUGCUGCUGUUCGGGCUCAUGCUGCAGCUCUACGUGCAAAUCUGCAAGAUCGUAAUGCGGCAUGCGCACCAGAUCGCCGUGCAGCACCACUUCCUGGCUGCCACGCCACAUUACGUCACGACGCGCAAAGGGGUCUCUACGCUCGCCAUCAUCCUGGGAACGUUUGCCGCGUGCUGGAUGCCUUUCACCGUCUACUCGCUUGUUGCCGACUACACCUACCCUCCGCUGUACACCUACGCCACGCUGGUUCCCGCCACCUACAACUCCAUCAUCAACCCCGUCAUCUACGCCUUCCGCAACCAAGAGAUCCAGAAGGCGCUCUGGAUGGUGUGCUGCGGCUGCAUCCCGGCCAGCGUGGCACAGCGGGCACGGACGCCCAGCGAUGUCUGACGUACACG